AUGUCUCUCAUCUUCACAGGAACAGGGCCCGUCCUUGUUACAGAGUCACCGUCAGAGUAUCUCUGGACGCCGCAGGGCAGCGGGCAAGCCCCCGUUCCGCCGCUUCUCCAGGCCCCGAACAUCGUUGUCCUCGACUCCGUCAAGUCGGGCAACAGAGUGUCCACCAAAGACGUCUACAAACAGCUGCUGUUGCCGCUUCUGGACAGCUGGAACCUUCCGCACAGCUACGUUGCCACCACAUCGCCGGAAUCCGUCCGCAGCGUCGCCGCGAGCGUCGGGACUACCCCCACGCUGCUUGUUCUAAUCUCAGGCGACACCACUAUCACGGAGCUCGUCAACUCCGUCGCCAGCACCGCCAGCGUGACGCUGCUGACGGUGCCAAUGGGCACGGGCAACGCGUUCGCGCACUCUGUCGGGCUGUCGACGCCGCUGGCGGCCGUCCAGGCGCUCACAACGGGCACGGCGCGCCCGCUGCGGCUGUACGAGGCCGUCUUUGAGCACGGGUCGCAGCUGCUCGCGCAAGAGGGCGCGCAACCGGUGACCAGUCUGCGGUUCCUGGUGGUCGGGUCGUGGGGGCUGCACGCGUGUCUGGUGGCCGACUCAGACUCGCCCGAGCUGCGCAAGCUGGGCACCGAGCGGUUCAAAGUCGCCGCGCAGCGCGUUCUCGAGCAAAACCCAGUGUUCCACGGCUCAAAAUGCGCUCCACGUGGUGUAUUUCCACCACCAGGCCCCGGCCGCCGUGAUGGAGAUCAUGGGCCAGGCGUACGCCGCGGGCAAGCACGUCCAGGACCCGCGCGUCGGCUACCUCAAGACGCACACGGUCGAGCUGGAACUCCACGAGCAGGACGCGCGUCUGCGCCGCAUCUGUGUCGACGGCCUGAUCGUCCAGCCGGCAGGAUCCAGGGUGCUCUUCCGCCCCGUCGAAUCUACGAGCCUGCAAUACGUAUCGCCAGAUAA